GGUAACCCGCACCCCUCCCCUCGGAACCCCCUCGCAUGGCCAUGGCCAAGGUCGACGCCGCGGGGGACGGGGAGUCCGUCUCGGUGGCCGCCACGCCGACCCCCGGCCUCCCCAAAGCCCCCGUCGAGGCUCGUUCGCUGUCCUCCAUCACUGCCGUCGCCUCCAACCCCCCCGCCUAUCCGCGCAAUCCCACCCAGAAGAAACUCGAUCCGCUGGUCUUGUACAUCGUGCGCGUCCCGGGCAGUCGAGAUGUUUUCCUGUCCCCCUUAAAACCACCGACCAAGGCCAGCGUCUCUGCAGAGGCCAUCAAUGCCUCCCUUUACUAUCUGCAUGUUGCGACUCCCGACGAUGAGGUCCUUCUCGAGGAAUACGAGCAGGAGCGCGAAGAAGAGGCCAGGCUGCGGAAAGAAGAGCUCGGGGACGACGCAGAGGUUUCCCCCUCGCCUGAGCUUGCGCGACUGAACAACGUCAGGCGCAAGCCUGUGCCGGGCGCUGGUAAAGCUGGCAAUCCGGUGACGGCCGAUGCGGGUGCCCCUCCUCCCCCUCUCCCCGCUCGUCCGCGUCCGACGUCGUGGCAGUCGCAGGAGACCAGGUCGCCCUCACAGAUGCCAGACUACCUGCAGCGACCUCCCAUGCCGCCUCGUCCCAGCUACCAGGGCGAUACUACACCGGGCGAAUCCAUCUGUGCACCGCCACGCUCCGUUCCAAUAACCUUCGAUGACUUUCUCGAACCCACCCGAACAGAAGAUGCCGCGGCCGUUCAGAAUGCGCGCCCUUCGCGCCCGCUCCCCCCCGUCCCUAGAGAGGAUCCUGUGUUGGGAUCGCCCAUAGACCCCGUCCCGGCGAAGAAAGCCAAUCGUUGGAGCGCAGCGCUGUCGGGGUACCUGGCGCGAGGCGAGGAAAAGUGGAGGGAGAAGUACGAGGCUAGUCGCCAUAGUUUGGAUUCCAGAAGGCCUCAGAUCCGGCCACAUUCAGCCCACGGGAGUCCAUCGCGAACCCAUCUGGAAUCGCCAGUCAGAAGCCCUCCGCAAAGCCCGGGGCAGUCGCCCGCCCUGAGACCGCACGACCACCGGGCCCCUGCUCCCCGGGGCUUCCAUAUCACACUGAUCCGUCGUGACCCUACGCACGGCAGUCAGUGGAAUGUCGCGACCAUGUCGACCCCCCGGCUCGAUAACGGCGCCAUCGACAUCGACAUCUUCACCCCAGGCUACAACCGGUUCAUAGCGCAGAAUGAGCCGUUCUCCUUAGCCAGCCUGGGCAAGAGCCUCCCACCCAACGGCCGUCCCAUCUCCCUAGCAUCCUUCAAGCCCCAGGCCGACCCGGCAACUCCCAUCCCAACAUCCGCCCCCAACGAGCCCUCCCACCCCCGCCGCUUCCAUCGCAAGCUCUGCGUCUCCCGACCCUACUUCAACGACGAAGCCCGCGGCGGCUCUCUCGACCUCCCCGGUCGCCCCUCCCUCGACAGCAUCGCCAGCGGCAGUCCCACGAUCUCCCACGCCCCGGGCCACCACUCCAAGCUGAAAAGCGGCUACUACACCUUCACCUCUCCCUGGAACGGCAUCUGCACAUUCUCGACCAGCGUCAAUGGCCGCAGCCUAAAAUGCAAGCACAUGAUCCCCACCCCGGGCAUCCCCACCCCCAGCUCCAACCAAUCCUCCAUGCCCGAAUCCCCCGCCGUCACCGUCGCGGAAAUCCGCUUCAACACUCCCUUCCAGCCCGGCCACCUGCACCAACCCCCAGGUCCCUCCCACAUCUCCCCUUUCGCCCUCAGCCAAGCCUCCGCCUUCCGCGACCAACCCUCCUCCGCCCACCCCGCUUCUCCACCCACCGAACCAUCGUAUCUCACCUCCCCGCAAUCUCCAGCCGCCACAACUACCACCGCCGCCCCCUCCUCCUCUAAACGCUCCUCCCUCGCCCAAUUCCUUAAUCCAAACAACCAUACUCGUCCCCGCGCUCGUUCCGGCGCCAGUAUCACCUCCAUCUCUGGUGGCGGUGCCAGCGGUGCUCACCACUCGCGCAACCCCUCCAACAGCAGUACCAGCAGCGGUGGUGGUGGUGGUGGUGGUGUUGGUGUUGGCGAUCCCUUGCAGCACGAGAAAGAGAAAACGGGCCCUCUGCGCCGUCCACCCAGCGACGACCGUCUCGAUCUUUCUCUUGCGCGCGAGCGAGCGGGGGGCGGUAUGCGCGGGAAAUCCGCUAAAUUGGGGAAGUUAAUAAUUGAGGAUGAGGGCAUCAAGAUGUUGGAUUUGGUGGUUGCUGCAGGAAUGGCGGUUUGGUGGAGGGGGUAUUAUUAUUGAUUGUUGAUUUGACUCUGGGUGGAUGGGUGUAUGGGUGCUUGUGGUAUAUGGGGUGGUGGGUUAUUGGGUUGUGGAGGUUGUAUUGUGUUCGAAGUGCAUUGGAUUGGAUUGGAUUGAGUUGAGUCUCUUCUCCUUAUUCUUCUUCUUGUUGUUUUUUUUUUUUUUUU